AUGUCAUCGCCUGAACCAUCAGCCAAGCGCCUCAAAGUAGACGCACCUUCCAUGUCGACCACCACAGUGACGACGGACUCUGUACCUGGGGCAGCCCCGGCGGUUCGAUCCACCUCGACGUCCACCUCGACGCCCUUCUCGUUCGCGAACGAGAAAGGCCUCUUCAAACUGAUCGAACCCUCCUUGGGGAUUCGACCCGCUCUCGAACCUGAAGUCGGUAUCACCGAAUACGUUGAUCGGGAUGUGCCUCCCUUUGCGGCGAUCAUCAAGCAUAGGUAUGUCAGGGAGCUACGGAGCGUGCACCCGAUCCUUGAGCUAACGGCGUCCGCUCCGGUUUGAACAGGUUCACGGACUUCAUGGUCUUUGAGGUCGGCUUGGAUGGACAAGUGCUUCGAAUGAAGGAUAUCCAUGGUCCCAAGCAGGAGAAAGCGCCGAAACCUCCCAAGCUCGAGACACGCAAAGUCGAGCCGACGCCCGAGGACCCGCAGCAGGUAAGGCUUGUCACGAGUUCGCAUUCAGGUCAUCAGUUCUGAAUCCCUCCUUCCUGAACCCCUUUCUUCUUCUCAUCUUUUCAGCUGUGGACCGAUAGGGCCGAAUCGAUCAUCACACCCCUUCUGGACGAGGCAAAACUCGCCGAAUUCAAAACUUUCGUCCUCGCCGGUCCAGCAGCACCACCGGGAACGCCCAAACCGGUCUUCCAAUCCCAAGUAAGCUAUCACAGCGAUCCGUGAUACUUUAUCCUUUGGAGUGGAUGCUCAUCUGACCUGUUUCCUCCUCCGACAGAUCAUCGAGUCGAAAGAAGCUCGCACUGCCCUACACAAAGGCCUGAGGGAAGCCUUCGACUCGCGCUUCGGAAGUGAGAUGAAGGAACUCGAAGGCGGCCAACAGGUUAUCCAAGUCGCGUGGAUGAAAAAAGGAGGAGGUGGUCGAGGUGGAGUAGGCGGUGGUGAUCGUCGUGAUCGGAACGCCCGGAGUACGUUCGGAUGUCCUGAACGCGAGAAGUAUUGCAAGGAGAGGAGACCUGACGAUCCUGAAUCCCUACGCAGCUGCCGAAGGUGAUCUCAAAGCCAAGCUCCCGCCUUACAUCCACUUCACCCUCCAAAAAGCCAACAAGGAGAUGCACGAUGCCCUUUCCGGCCUUUGUCGAACGCUCAACCUUCAAUCAAGGGACAUUGGCGCCGCGGGGACGAAGGAUAAACGAGCCGUGACUGUGCAAAGAUUGAGUAUGAAACGAGGGCACCGAACGAUUGAGGACGUGUGGAAUGCCGCGAAUGGGAGAGGUGGAAGGGGUGGGAAUCGUGGGAGAGGGAGAGGGAGGGGAGGGGGAGGUUUCGGAGGUAGUCACGCUUGGGGGAAUAUGGAUCGGGGGGUGAGGAUUGCGGAUGUCGCGUAUGGGGAGAAGAUGUUCACGUUGGGGAUGCUCAAGGGGAAUCGAUUCGUCAUCACGCUCAGGUGAGUUGAUACGGAUGCUGUACAGAGAAGUUGAGCUCAAAUCGGACUGGUCUCCGUAUCACUCAGGGACGUUGUUGCCGACUCACCAACGACGAUCGAACGAGCCAUGUCGACGUUGCGUGAACACGGCUUCGUCAACUACUAUGGCAUGCAACGGUUCGGCACUGCGCCUGUACCAACGCACGCGAUUGGCUUGGCCCUCCUCCGAACGGACUGGGCCUUGGCUUCCCAUCUUAUCCUCCUUCAUCGUCAAGGCGAAGGUGACGACGUUGCACUAGCCCGCUCUCUCUUCCACGAAGGCAAACUUGUCGAGGCUUCCCGAGCGAUGCCCCGUCGCGCCGUCGCCGAGAAAGCUAUGGUCGAUUUCUACGCCAAGAACGGCACGACGAGUCAUUUGGGCGCGUUGAGUUCGAUCCCCAAAAGUUUGAGGAUGAUGUAUGCCCAUGCGUGGCAGUCGUAUAUCUGGAAUAGGGUCGUUUCGGAAAGGGUCAAGAUGUAUGGGUGUAAGGAGCCCGUGGCAGGGGAUUUCGUGUUGGCUGAGGGGGCGAAGUUGAAGGAGGAUGGGGGGGAGCCGGACGAGCCGGAGGUGGUUGUGGCUGAACCGCUGGAUCCGGUUCUGGACGAGGGUAAGUGCUGCCUCUGCCAUCUGAUGGGUCUGUCAAAACUAACAUUAUCCUUUCCGCUCACAACAGAUGACGAACCCACCCCUGCGAACACAGGGCUGACCGCCGAACAAGCAGCGGCAACGGCUCGCGUCCCGAAAAUCAAGCUCCUGACUCAAGAAGACCUCGACGCCAAGACCUACACAAUCUUUGAUGUCGUCCUCCCGAUGCCAGGCUACGCCGUGACCUACCCUUCCGGAUCCUUAGGCGAGACCUACCGCUCCAUCAUGCUCGAAGACGGGAUCGACCCUAAGAACAUGUUCCGUCGUCAACGCGAGUACUCCCUCGGUGGGACCUAUCGCAAGAUCAUGCAUCUCCCUCAAGACGUUUCCCACAGGUUGAUGACCUAUUCAUCGAGUACGCAAGAUCUAGCACAAAGUGAUGAGGAUCUCUUGUUGGGGAAAGAGGCACCCGUUGUCACGGCUUAUGAUCCGAGUCAACCUAUGCCGGAGGGGCAUAGUUUGGCGCUGCAGUUGGAGAUGACAUUGGGGUCGAGUACCUGUGGGUGGUUUUAAUCGAAUCGUACACGGUGUUGUGAAGAUGAGCUGACGCUGUACGCUCGAUGUAUGCUCCCACCAGACGCGACGAUGGCGCUAAGGGAAGUAUUGAAGACACGCACGGCGAGCGCGCACCAAAAGACGUUGACCGAGGCGAUGGAGCAGCGCGAGCAGAAGGUCUCGGAGUCGACUGCUGCUAUUUCGGCACCCGCUGCACAAGCAGAAGAAGUUGUGCCAGAGGCAGUUGCAGCUGUCGAAAAUGUGGCGAUGGCUUCGUAG